AUGUCUGAUAAGAUAGAAGAAAUUCACGACAUAGAGGAGCCUGCGCAGAGCCAGAAUCAGAAGACUGACACUGCCCUGGCCAUAAGGACCCGCGUCCAGCGUGUGGAACGUCCUAUGCCCGAGCUCGCCUCGCAGAAUGGAGACACUUGGACGUACGAUGAGGAAGCCUAUCUCCGAGGAGGCAUUCUCAUCCCUGUUGAGAUCCCUAAUGACGAGGCUCCCAGUGAGGACGUAGACGUCAAGAGUGCGAAGCUCAUUUUUCUCUUCGGCGCCCCAGCUUUGGGAAAGAGCACUGUCGCAGCAAACGUGGCCGCAGAGCUUGGAUGCAUCCACCUUUGUCCCGAUCAGAUGAUCCCGCAUCUGGGGAAACAUGGCCCAUACCUCGCUUGGCUAGCGGUUGUCCAGGCCAUUGAGUACCACGGAACUGUGCCGAGCGGAUUACUGUUUCAGCUCGUGAAAAUGGAAAUCCAGAGGCACAUGGAGUUUGGAGCAACUACCUUCAUCAUUGACGGAUGGCCACACACCUCUGAGGACUUCAAUCUGCUGUACGAGACCUUCACUGUGGUGUCAGCUUUUCAUCUGUACGCAACUCAAGACACUCUUGAGAAGCGUGCAAUGCGGGACCCUAUGACCUUUGAUGAAGGUACUAGGCGCCUCAAGUACUUCCGAAACGGAUUUGUGAGGUAUUAUGAAGAGCUGGCAGAUUUGCUCGAGCAUGACGGUUUCAGAAACUCCUUGGUCCUGAUGUGUGCCGAACCGGAUUACCAUCUCUUCUUCCCGGAAAUCAAAAGGAUCAUCGAGAAGAGACUUGCUGAGGCUGAGGACGCUUCGGCACUCGCACAGGCUGAGACCUCGUCCGAUGAGCGUGAGCAUGUUUGA